CUGAUGGAAUGAUUGCGAUUGUGUGUGUAUAUGUAAAAAGAUGCAUUGGUUGAGUCAUUUCAGUAUUAAACGUUGUACUGUGAAGCAGUGAAAAUUUUUUAGUGGAUUUUUUUAAUGAAACUUUUUGAUAGAAAAACGGAAUUAAAUCGGAAAAUUUUUGUGAAUUUUUUUAGUUAAGUGUAAAAAAGGCAAAUUUUAUGCACAAUAUCCAGUGAACAUCGUGUGCAAUUUGCCUUUUUUACCGUAUGAACAUUUUUUGAAGAAAAUAAGAAGAAGAAGAAGAAGCAGGAUGGGCGAUUCACUUGAGAACACCGACACGUCGGUCGAAACGCAAAAUGUUGCGAUCGUCGAUUACGGUGAAUUUGCCAAUUAUAUUCGCAAAGCGGCCACCAUUCUAUUGCCCGAAGAAGAUGCCACCGCACCCGCCUUAAAUGCCGUUCUUGAAGACAAAGUCAAUCAGGAUUGCAUUAAAAAAUUUCUCUCCGACCCACAAAUACAAGCGCUAUACAUUCAACGUACUUGCUCGAAAGACGAUGAAAAUGACCAAGCAACCGAGGGAGAGGAGGAAAAAGGUUCGAUCAGCUAUUGCAUAAGUAAUGAUGUACAAUUCACAAAUUCGCGUGCUGCAUCAUUGGUAUGCAUCAAGCGUGGUGCUGUAAUUGAAGCGGAUAAAUCGAUCCAUACUCAAUUGCGAUUGAUAAAUUUCUCGGAGGGUUCACCAUAUGAAACGUUGCACUCAUACAUAAGCAAAUCGUUGGCUCCAUACUUCAAAAGUUAUGUAAAAGAGUCUGGUCGUGGUGAUGAUGGUGAUAAAAUGGCUCCUUCGGUAGAGAAGAAGAUGGCUGAGCUUGAGAUGGGUUUGCUUCAUUUGCAGCAGAACAUCGAUAUCCCAGAAAUCAAUUUACCAAUCAAUCCAGUGGUGUUGCAGACCAUAAAAGCGUGUGGUGAUGAAAGCCGCAAGGCAAAGGUCAUUGAUUUCGGUGACAAAGUCGAAGAUUCAACAUUUUUGAAUACUUUACAAAACGGCGUGAACCGUUGGAUAAAGGAAAUUCAAAAGGUGACUAAAUUGGAUCGUGAUCCAUCGUCUGGAACGGCAAUGCAAGAGAUUUCAUUUUGGUUGAACUUGGAGCGUGCAUUGCAUCGCAUUCAAGAGAAGCGUGAAUCACCCGAGGUCGCAUUGACUCUUGACAUUCUCAAACACGGUAAACGUUUCCAUGCAACUGUGUCAUUUGAUACGGAUACCGGACUGAAGCAAGCUCUAGCAAUGGUUGCCGAUUACAAUCCAUUGAUGAAAGACUUCCCAAUCAAUGACCUACUCUCCGCCACUGAAUUAGAGAAGAUUCGAUCGGCCGUUCAAUCGAUCUUUACUCAUUUGCGUAAAAUGCGCAGCACCAAGUAUCCCAUUCAACGUGCACUCCGAUUGAUCGAAGCCAUUUCACGGGACUUGAGCCAACAACUGUUGAAAGUACUCGGUACACGUCGUUUGAUGCACAUUCCAUUCGACGAAUUCGAACGUGUGAUGAAUCAAUGCUUUGAAAUAUUCGGCUGCUGGGACGAUGAAUACGAUAAACUGCAACAAUUGUUGCGCGAUUUGGUGAAGAAAAAGCGUGAUGAACAUAUUAAAUCCGUUUGGCGUGUAACGCCCAAUCACAAGAAGUUGCAGCUACGCAUGGAGGAGAUGCGCAAAUUCCGUCGCCAACAUGAACAAUUGCGUACGGUUAUUUUGAGAGUACUGAGACCAAUGAGCAAACCAGCUAUUCAAGAUGACUCAGCAGAGGUUAAACAACCAUACAGCCUUGAAGCGGCCGAUGCUAACGCCAUCGAAGAAGUGAAUUUGGCAUAUGAGAAUGUCAAAGAAGUUGAAUGCUUAGACAUUUCCAAGGAAGGUUGCGAUGCAUGGGACGCAGCUGUUAAGCGUUAUGAUGAACGUAUUGAUCGUGUCGAAGCUCGUAUCACCGCUCAUUUGCGUGAUCAACUCGGAACGGCCAAGAAUGCCAAUGAAAUGUUUCGUAUCUUCUCGCGUUUCAACGCAUUGUUUGUGCGUCCGCACAUUCGUGGUGCUAUUCGUGAGUAUCAAACGCAGUUGAUUCAGCGUGUAAAAGAUGACAUCGAAGCUUUGCAUGAGAAAUUCAAGGUUCAAUACCCGCAAAGCAAGAGCUGUCGCUUGUCUGUAGUUCGUGAUUUGCCACCGGUGGCUGGAAGCAUUAUUUGGAUUCGCCAAAUUGAUAAUCAGCUCACGACUUAUUUGAAACGCGUUGAAGAUGUGUUGGGCAAAGGUUGGGAGUCACACAUUGAAGGUCAAAAAUUGAAAGCUGACGGUGAUAGCUUCCGUGCUAAAUUGCAAACUGGCGAAGUGUUCCAGGAUUGGGCACGUAAAGUUCAAGAACGUAACUUUGGAUUCAAUGGUGGUCGUAUUUUUGCCAUUGAUUCAGCAAGAUCACGCACUGGCCGUGGCAACGUUCUCAAGCUAAAAGUUAAUUUCCUACCGGAAAUCAUUACGCUGUACAAAGAAGUGCGGAAUUUGAGAAAUUUGGGAUUCAGAAUUCCAUUGGCAAUCGUUAACAAAGCACAUCAAGCCAAUCAAACGUAUCCAUUUGCGGUAUCGCUUAUCGAGAGUGUACGAGCCUAUGAACGAACUUUGGAAAAGAUCGAAGAGAAGGCUUCAAUUGUGCCUUUGGUCGCUGGUCUCCGAAAGGAUGUGCAGACAUUGAUUUCAGAAGGUGUCGGUUUGGUCUGGGAAAGCUACAAGCUCGUUCAAUACGUGCAACGUUUCUCUGAAUGCGUCAUUCAGUUCCAAGAAAAGGUCGAAGAUUUAUUGGUUGUCGAAGAACAAUUAGACGUUGAUGUCCGUUCGAUUGAAACAUGUCCGUACAGUGCAGCUACUUUCGCUGAUAUUUUAUCAAAGAUCCAGCAUGCUGUUGAUGAUUUGUCGUUGCGUCAGUACUCGAAUUUACAUGUUUGGGUAGCCCGUUUGGAUGAAGAAGUUGAGAAAAAGUUGGCAUCUCGUCUGCAAGCCGGUAUUAGCGCGUGGACUGAAGCACUCACUGGCACCAAGAAAGAUUUCUCCAUGGACACCGAUGCCCCGACUGCACCAAGAAUCGCUCCUGGUGGCGAUCCCAAGAUUCAACACGCCGUUCAUGAGAUUCGUAUCACCAAUCAGCAAAUGUACUUGUAUCCAUCCAUUGAAGAGGCACGAUUCCAAAUCACGCAACAAUUGUUCGCUUGGGAAGCCAUUGUCACAUCACAAACUCGUCUACAGAGCUCGAGAUACAAUGUCGGUUUGGACAAGCCAGUACUUCAAACGUAUCGUACAUUGCUUACAAAACUCCCAGAAGGUUCUCGGCCACUUGAAAGUGCGUACGAAGCAAUCGAAACAAAAGUAUCGGAAGUUCGUAACUAUGUCGAUGAAUGGUUGCGUUAUCAAAGCUUGUGGGAUCUUCAAGCUGACAUUUUGUACGGCCGCUUGGGUGAUGACAUUAAUUUGUGGAUCAAGUGCUUGAAUGACAUCAAGAAAUCUCGUACAACAUUUGAUACAUCAGACACUCGUCGUGCAUACGGUCCGAUUGUCAUCGACUAUGCAAAGGUGCAAGCAAAGGUCACAUUGAAAUACGAUUCAUGGCACAAGGAAGCAUUGAGCAAAUUCGGAACACUUUUGGGCAAUGAAAUGCAAUCGUUCCACUCCAAAGUGUCGAAAUCUCGCAGCGACUUGGAAAUGCAAAGCAUUGAAGCUGCCAGUACAUCCGAUGCCGUUGGUUUCAUCACCUAUGUGCAAUCGUUGAAAAAAGAGCGUUUGGCUUGGGAGAAGCAAGUGUCUGUAUUCCAAGAAGCCGAGCAAAUUUUGCAGCGUCAACGUUUCCAAUUCCCAAACAAUUGGUUGCAUGUCGAUAACAUCGAAGGUGAAUGGUCUGCAUUCAACGAAAUCAUCAAGCGUAAAGAUUCGGCUAUUCAAACUCAAGUGGCAAGUUUGCAAGCGAAAAUUGUUGCUGAAGAUAAGGCAGUUGAGACUCGUACAGUUGAUUUUCUCAAUGAUUGGGAGCACAACAAGCCAAUCGGUGGCAAAACUCGUCCAGACGAAGCCUUACAACAGUUGCAGCUAUUCGAGAGUAAAUUCUCGCGUUUGAAGGAAGAGCGUGACAAUGUGGCCAAGGCAAAAGAAGCUCUGGAAUUACAAGAGUCUGCCGUGCCAAACAACAGUUCCGAACGAAUGUCAGUUGUAUUGGAGGAACUCCAAGAUUUGCGCGGUGUUUGGGGUGAGUUGUCAAAGAUUUGGACACAAAUCGAUGAAACUCGUGAGAAACCAUGGCUUUCUGUUCAACCACGUAAAUUGCGUCAAGCACUUGAAGCAAUGAUGAGCCAACUCAAAGAGCUGCCAGCUCGAUUGCGAAUGUACGAAAGCUACGAGUACGUGAAGAAAUUGAUACAGAGUUACAUCAAAGUGAAUAUGUUGAUCGUUGAGUUGAAGUCGGAUGCUUUGAAAGAGCGCCAUUGGAAACAAUUGAUGAAACAACUUCGCGUGAACUGGGUUCUGUCCGAAUUAACCUUAGGUCAAGUGUGGGAUGUCAAUUUGCUAAAAAAUGAAAGCAUCGUCAAAGACAUCAUUCUAGUGGCACAAGGUGAAAUGGCGUUGGAAGAAUUCUUGAAACAAGUUCGUGAAUCAUGGUCGAACUAUGAACUGGAUUUGAUCAACUAUCAAAAUAAAUGCCGCAUCAUUCGAGGCUGGGACGAUUUGUUUAACAAGGUUAAGGAACAUAUUAACUCAGUGGCCGCUAUGAAAUUGUCACCGUACUAUAAGGUGUUUGAAGAAGAAGCACUCACGUGGGAAGAGAAAUUGAAUCGUAUUAACGCAUUGUUCGAUGUCUGGAUUGAUGUGCAACGUCGUUGGGUCUAUUUGGAAGGUAUCUUCUCGGGCAGUGCCGAUAUUAAAACAUUGCUUCCCGUCGAAACACAACGUUUUAACAGCAUGAGCACCGAAUUUUUGUCACUCAUGAAAAAGGUCGCUAAAUCACCAAAAGUGAUGGACGUCUUGAACAUCCCUUCGGUGCAACGACAACUUGAGAGAUUGGCCGAUUUAUUGGGCAAGAUCCAAAAGGCACUUGGUGAAUACUUGGAGCGUGAACGAACAUCAUUCCCUCGCUUCUACUUCGUUGGUGACGAAGAUUUGUUGGAAAUCAUUGGUAACAGCAAGAAUGUGGCUCGUUUGCAGAAGCACUUCAAGAAGAUGUUUGCCGGUGUGGCAACGAUCAUUUUGAACGAAGACAAUAACAUCGUAUUGGGUGUUGCAUCUCGCGAAGGUGAAGAAGUGCAAUUUAUACGACCUGUAUCAAUAGUCGAACAUCCAAAGAUCAAUGAAUGGUUGACUUUGGUCGAAAAAGAGAUGCGUUUCAGUUUGGCUUCAUACUUGGCACAAGCCGUGCAGGACAUUAAACAAUUCAAAGAAGGCGAUAUUGAUCAUGAAAAGUAUAUGGAAUGGUGUGAUAAAUACCAAGCCCAAAUUGUGGUGUUGGCCGCACAGAUUUUAUGGUCCGAAGAUGUUGAAACAGCACUUCAACAAGGCGGCGAUGUUGCACCAAACAAAAAUCCACUUCAUCGCGUUUUGGCCACCGUUGAGAAGACAUUGACCGUUCUGGCUGAUUCGGUGUUGCAAGAACAACCACCGCUUCGACGACGCAAAUUGGAACAUUUGAUCAACGAAUUCGUGCACAAACGUACAGUGACUCGUCGUUUGUUGGCCAACAAUGUGACCAACAACAAAUCGUUUGAAUGGCUCUGCGAGAUGCGAUUCUAUUUCGAUCCUCGUCAAAGUGAAGUUUUGCAACAGUUGACCAUUCACAUGGCAAAUGCUCGAUUCUUCUAUGGCUUUGAAUAUCUUGGUGUACAAGAUCGAUUGGUUCAAACACCAUUGACUGAUCGUUGUUACUUGACAAUGACACAAGCACUUGAAUCACGUUUGGGUGGUUCGCCAUUCGGUCCGGCUGGUACAGGUAAAACUGAAUCAGUCAAAGCUCUCGGUCAUCAAUUGGGUCGAUUUGUACUCGUCUUCAACUGCGAUGAAACAUUCGAUUUCCAAGCUAUGGGCCGUAUUUUUGUUGGUUUGUGCCAAGUCGGCGCUUGGGGUUGCUUCGAUGAAUUCAAUCGUUUGGAAGAGCGUAUGUUGUCAGCUGUUUCACAGCAAAUUCAAACCAUUCAAGAAGCGCUCAAACAACAUCAAGAUAACAACAAAGACACUCAGAGUUUGACCGUUGAAUUGGUUGGCAAACAGGUCCGUGUAUCGACCGAUAUGGCCAUUUUCAUCACAAUGAAUCCUGGUUAUGCUGGCAGAAGCAAUUUGCCAGACAAUUUAAAGAAAUUGUUCCGUUCAUUGGCCAUGACAACUCCAGAUCGUCAGCUCAUUGCCGAAGUCAUGUUGUUCAGCCAAGGUUUCCGAACCGCCGAGAAAUUGGCCUGCAAAAUUGUUCCAUUCUUCAAAUUGUGCGAUGAACAACUUUCGAACCAAUCUCACUACGAUUUUGGGUUGCGUGCCUUGAAAUCGGUGCUAGUUUCGGCCGGUAAUGUUAAACGUGAUCGCAUCAUGAGAAUCAAGGAAACCAAGCGGAACCAAGGUGAAACCAACAUUGAUGAGGCGUACAUCGCUGAAAAUCUGCCCGAACAAGAGAUUCUCAUUCAAUCGGUGUGCGAAACUUUGGUGCCUAAAUUGGUUGCUGAAGAUAUUCCACUUUUGUUCUCUCUGUUGAGCGAUGUAUUCCCGAAUGUGAGCUACACUCGUGCCGAAAUGACCGGACUCAAAGAAGAGAUUCGCAAAGUUUGCGCCGAAGAAUAUUUGGUGUGCGGUGAAGGUGACGAACAAGGCACCCACUGGACGGAGAAGGCAUUUGGAGAAACAUGGGUGUCCAAAGUAUUGCAAUUGUACCAAAUAUCCAACUUGAACCAUGGUUUGAUGAUGGUUGGUCCGUCGGGAUCAGGAAAGAGUACGGCAUGGCGUGUGUUGCUAAAAGCAUUAGAACGUUUUGAAGGUAUUGAAGGAGUGGCACAUGUCAUUGAUCCAAAAGCCAUAUCAAAAGAAGCUCUUUAUGGUGUUCUCGAUCCGAAUACUCGAGAAUGGACAGAUGGUUUGUUUACGCACGUGCUGCGAAAGAUCAUCGACAAUGUACGUGGUGAGAUCAACAAGCGUCAAUGGAUUAUUUUCGAUGGUGAUGUCGAUCCCGAAUGGGUAGAAAAUUUGAACUCCGUUCUUGAUGACAACAAAUUGCUUACGCUACCGAAUGGUGAACGUUUGUCAUUGCCGCCGAAUGUGCGUGUCAUGUUCGAAGUGCAAGAUUUAAGAUUUGCCACAUUGGCCACGGUCUCUCGUUGUGGUAUGGUUUGGUUCUCGGAAGAUGUUCUCUCCACCGAAAUGAUCUUUGAAAAUUACUUGGCUCGUUUGCGUAACAUCCCAUUGGAAGAUGCCGAUGAAGAUUUUAUUGCUACGAACAACAAAACUGGCGGAAAGGAAGAUGAAGUGUCACCGUGUAUUUCGACUCAACGUGAAAUCGCCGCAUUGUUCCAACCAUACUUUGGUUCUGAUGGCUUGGUGGUGCGUUGCUUGGAAUAUUCCAUGAACCAAGAGCACAUCAUGGACUUUACCCGUUUACGAGCACUCAGCUCACUGUUUUCAAUGCUCAACAAAUUCACUCGCAACGUUCUCAAUUAUAAUCAACAACAUUCUGAUUUCCCAAUUUCAACCGAUCAACUGGAGCAAUACAUUCAGAAGGGAUUGAUUUACUCAGUCUUGUGGUCAUUUGCUGGCGAUGCAAAAUUGAAGAUUCGCAGCGAUUUGGGAGAUUUUAUUCGCAGCGUUACAACUAUCGCUCUGCCAAACAACACAGGUGCACCAAUCAUCGACUACGAAGUUAAUAUGUCCGGUGAAUGGGUACCAUGGUCGAAUAAAGUGCCAGUUAUUGAAGUCGAAACACACAAAGUCGCCGCUCCAGAUGUGGUCGUACCAACACUUGAUACUGUGCGUCAUGAGUCGUUGCUUUACACUUGGCUGGCUGAACAUAAGCCAUUGGUUCUCUGCGGUCCACCUGGUUCCGGAAAAACGAUGACUCUCUUCUCGGCAUUGCGUGCUUUGCCCGAUAUGGAAGUGGUCGGUUUGAAUUUCUCAUCGGCUACCACACCCGAACUUCUUUUGAAAACAUUCGACCAUUACUGUGAAUACCGUAAGACACCGAAUGGCGUCGUCUUGGCUCCAGUGCAAAUCGGAAAAUGGCUCGUACUGUUCUGCGAUGAAAUUAAUUUGCCCGAUAUGGACAGCUACGGAACACAACGUGUUAUUUCAUUCUUGCGCCAAUUGGUCGAGCACAAAGGAUUCUAUCGUGCCAGCGAUCAAGCUUGGGUCAGUUUGGAACGUAUUCAAUUUGUUGGUGCUUGUAAUCCACCGACAGAUCCUGGUCGUAAGGCAUUAAGUCACCGUUUCUUGCGCCAUGUGCCAGUAAUUUACGUCGAUUACCCUGGCGAAACAUCACUGAAGCAAAUUUACGGUACAUUCUCACGUGCAAUGUUACGUUUGAUGCCGGCUCUGCGCGGUUACGCCGAACCGUUGACCAAUGCCAUGGUUGAAUUCUAUCUGAUUUCUCAAGACCGUUUCACACAAGACAUGCAACCGCACUACGUGUACUCACCUCGUGAAAUGACUCGAUGGGUGCGUGGUAUUUGCGAAGCAAUUCGACCUUUAGACAGCUUGCCUGUUGAAGGCCUUGUUCGACUUUGGGCGCAUGAAGCUUUACGGUUGUUCCAAGAUCGUUUAGUUGACGAUACAGAACGUCGUUGGACCAAUGAGAACAUUGACGUUGUAGCAACCAAACACUUCCCAAGUGUUGCCUGCGACAAAGCACUCGCACGACCAAUUUUGUACAGCAACUGGUUGUCAAAGGAUUAUGUGCCAGUUAAGCGUGAUGAAUUGAGAGACUAUGUUCGGGCUCGAUUGAAAAUCUUCUACGAAGAAGAAUUGGAUGUGCCGCUCGUUUUGUUCGAUGAAGUUCUUGAACAUGUGCUACGUAUCGAUCGUAUCUUCCGUCAACCACAGGGUCACUUGCUGUUGAUUGGUGUGUCUGGCGCCGGUAAAACUACGUUGUCACGUUUUGUUGCAUGGAUGAAUGGACUUUCGAUCUUCCAGAUUAAGGUUCACAACAAAUACACCAGCGAAGAUUUCGACGAAGAUCUACGAUCAGUUUUACGUCGUUCCGGUUGCAAAGGCGAAAAGAUUGCCUUCAUUUUGGAUGAAUCGAAUGUGUUGGAUUCUGGAUUUUUGGAACGAAUGAACACACUUUUGGCCAACGGUGAAGUGCCUGGUUUGUUUGAAGGUGAUGAAUACGCCGCUUUGAUGACACAGUGCAAAGAAGGUGCUCAACGAGAUGGGCUUAUGUUAGACUCAAGCGAUGAACUCUACAAAUGGUUCACACAACAAGUCAUGUCUAACUUGCACGUUGUCUUCACAAUGAAUCCAUCUGAAAAUGGCUUGAAAGAUCGUGCCUCAACUUCACCCGCUUUGUUCAAUCGUUGCGUGUUGAAUUGGUUCGGAGAUUGGUCGGAUUCGGCGUUGUUCCAAGUUGGACGUGAGUUCACCAUUCGUGUUGAUCUCGAAAAACCACAAUGGAAAUCACCCGAUUUCUUCCCCGUUUGCAAUCCAUUGCUACCAUCAACACCGUCACAUCGUGAUGCGGUUAUUAAUGCAUGUGUUUAUGUGCAUCAAACGCUUCACAAGGCAAACGCUCGUCUAGCGAAACGAGGUGGCCGCACUAUGGCUAUUACACCAAGACACUACCUUGACUUUAUCCAUCACUUUGUGAAAUUGUACUCAGAGAAACGAAGCGAUUUGGAAGAGCAGCAAUUGCAUUUGAAUGUUGGUCUCAACAAAAUUGCCGAAACAGUGGAGCAAGUUGAAGAGAUGCAAAAAUCAUUGGCUGUAAAAUCGCAAGAGUUGCAGGCCAAGAAUGAGGCUGCCAACGCAAAAUUGAAGCAAAUGUUCAAGGAUCAACAAGAAGCUGAAAAGAAGAAGGUUCAAUCACAAGAUAUCUCAAUCAAAUUAGCCGAUCAAACGGUGAAAAUUGAAGAGAAGCGCAAGUUUGUCAUGGCCGAUUUGGCAUUGGUCGAACCGGCUGUGCUCGAUGCCCAACAAGCUGUGAGUGGUAUAAAAAAGAAGCAGUUGUCCGAGGUCAGAUCGAUGGCAAAUCCACCAGCCAUCGUAAAAUUGGCCUUAGAAUCGAUUUGUUUGCUGCUCAACGCUACCGAUGACAACGACACCAUUCCCGAUUGGAGAACCAUUCGGUCCAUUCUCAAUAAAGACAGUUUCAUUCCGUCAAUUAUUAACUUCGACACCGCAUCUAUCACUGACGAUGUACGUGAUAAGAUGAAGACUCGCUACUUGAGCAACCCAGAAUACAACUUUGAGAAAGUCAAUCGUGCCAGUAUGGCCUGUGGUCCCAUGGUUAAAUGGGCUAUCGCUCAGAUUGAAUAUGCCGAUAUGUUGAAACGUGUUGAACCGUUGCGUGAUGAAUUGCAGUCGUUGGAAGAUCAAGCAGCAUUGAACAUGAAGAAUGCCCAAGACACCAAGGAAUUGAUUGCUCAAUUAGAGCAAAGUAUUGCUGCCUACAAAGAAGAAUAUGCGCAAUUGAUCUCACAAGCGCAAGCGAUCAAAACGGAUUUGGAGAAUGUUCAAGCCAAGGUCGAUCGUUCAAUUGCCUUGUUGAAGAGUUUGAACAUCGAGCGUGAGCGAUGGGAGGCAACAAGUGAAACAUUCCGUUCACAAAUGUCGACCAUCGUUGGAGAUGUGUUGUUGUCGGCUGCUUUCAUUGCUUAUGGUGGUUACUUCGAUCAACACUACCGAAGCAGUUUGUUCUCGACCUGGUGUCAGCAUUUACAAGCGGCUCACAUUCAAUAUCGUCCCGAUAUUGCUCGAACCGAAUACUUGUCGAAUCCAGAUGAGCGACUACGUUGGCAAGCCAAUGCAUUGCCAACUGAUGAUUUGUGCACAGAGAAUGCAAUUAUGUUGAAACGUUUCAAUCGUUAUCCACUUAUCAUCGAUCCCUCAGGUCAAGCGACUGAGUUCAUUUUGAAUGAAUAUGCCGGCAAAAAGAUCACCAAAACGAGUUUCUUAGACGAUUCGUUCCGCAAGAAUCUGGAAUCAGCAUUGCGAUUUGGUAAUCCAUUGUUGGUACAAGAUGUCGAAAACUACGAUCCAAUUUUGAAUCCGGUGCUGAAUCGAGAAUUGCGUCGAACUGGCGGUCGUGUUUUGAUCACACUCGGUGACCAAGACAUCGAUUUGUCGCCAUCAUUCUCGAUUUUCUUGUCGACUCGAGAUCCAACCGUUGAAUUCGACCCAUCCAUUUGCUCUCGUGUUACAUUCGUUAACUUUACGGUGACACGCAGCUCGUUGCAGAGCCAGUGCUUGAACCAAGUUCUGAAAGCCGAACGACCAGACAUCGACGAGAAACGAUCCGAUCUACUAAAAUUGCAAGGCGAAUUCCAUUUGCGACUUCGUCAAUUGGAAAAGCAACUGUUGCAAGCGCUCAACGAUGCCAAGGGUAAAAUCCUUGAUGACGACUCGGUGAUUACAACGUUGGAGACGUUGAAGAAAGAAGCGGCCGACAUUGGCCAAAAAGUCGAAGAGACUGACAAGGUUAUUGCUGAAAUUGAAACCGUUUCGCAUCAAUAUUUGCCACUAUCAACGGCUUGCAGUAACAUUUAUUUCACAAUGGAUUCGCUCAACCAAAUCCACUUCUUGUACCAAUAUUCGUUGCGAAUGUUUUUGGACAUAUUCAGUACGGUGUUGUCGCGAGACAAUCCAGCACUCAGUGGCAAAACGGACUAUGGUCAACGUUUGAAAAUCAUCACAACCGAUCUCUUCUCCGUUGUAUACGAUCGCAUCGCUCGUGGAAUGUUACAUGCGGAUCGCUUGAGCUUUGCCAUUCUUCUCUGUCGCAUUCAUUUGAAAGGAACAUCCGAGCAAAAUCUCGAUGCUGAAUUUAAUUUCUUCUUGCGUAGUCGUGAGGGUAUCGUGUCGAAUCAACAGCACAUCGAUGGAUUUACGUAUGAGCAAGUCGACGGUGCAAAUCGUUUGGCUAUUCGAUUGCCAAUCUUCAAGAAAAUCAUUGAGAAGAUCAAGUCGAUGCCAGAAUUUUUGGCUUGGCUCAAUCAAAGUUCACCAGAACAAAAUGUACCCCAGUUAUGGGAUGAAUCAAAAGCCUUGUCACCCAUUACUGCCGCCAUGCAUCAGCUGCUAUUGAUCCAAGCAUUCCGACCGGAUCGUGUGAUUGCCGCCGGCCAAUUGUUCGUUUCAACCGUUUUGGGUGAAGAAUUCAUGCCGUUGGCCGAAAAAGAAUUGGACUUUGCUGCAUGUGUCGAGAAACAAUUGACAUCAAACACACCAGCACUGUUGUGUUCGGUACCAGGUUUCGACGCAUCUGGUCGUGUUGAUGAUUUAGCCGCUGAAUUGAAUAAGCAAAUUUCAGCGAUUGCCAUCGGUUCGGCUGAAGGUUUCCAUCAAGCCGAACGUGUUAUCAAUCAAGCAUGCAAGUCUGGAAAAUGGGUACUUUUGAAGAACGUUCACUUGGCACCACAGUGGCUCAUUCAAUUGGAAAAGAAAUUGCAUUCAUUGCAACCACAUGCCGCGUUCCGUUUGUUCUUGACCAUGGAAAUCAGUCCACGUGUUCCAGUCAAUCUAUUGAGAGCUGGACGCAUCUUUGUCUACGAACCACCUCCAGGUAUCCGUGCCAAUUUGUUGCGCACCUUCUCAACAGUGCCAAUAGCCCGUAUGAUGAAACCACCAUCUGAACGAGCUCGUUUGUACUUCUUAUUGGCUUGGUUCCAUGCAAUCAUUCAAGAACGGUUGCGUUAUGUACCGUUGGGUUGGGCCAAGAAAUACGAAUUCAAUGAAUCCGAUCUGCGUGUUGCUAUCGAUACGCUCGACACAUGGAUCGAUCAAACGGCCAUGAACCGAGCCAAUUUGCCACCCGAGAAAAUCCCAUGGGAUGCCAUCGUCACACUAUUGUCACAAAGUAUUUAUGGUGGUAAAAUCGAUAACGAUUUCGAUCAACGUUUGCUUGCAUCAUUCUUGAGCAAAUUAUUCACGGCGCACAGUUUUGAAACUGAUUUUGCUUUAGUUGGCAAUGUUGAUGGUCAACGAAAUAUUACAAUGCCCGACGGUACACGUCGCGAUCAUUUCAUGAAAUGGAUUGAAAAUCUGUCGGAUCGCCAAACACCGUCAUGGCUUGGUCUACCGAAUAAUGCUGAAAAGGUGCUGUUGACAACACACGGAACCGAUUUGGUUAGCAAAUUGCUGAAGAUGCAACAAUUGGAAGAUGAUGAUGAACUAGCCUACAAUCCAGAUGAAGGUGUCGUUGAUGCAUCACUUCAAAAUAUCCAAGAAGACGGUCGACCAUCGUGGAUGAAAACACUGCAUAAUAGCGCCAGUGCAUGGCUGGAUUUACUUCCGAAAUCAUUGCCAACACUUAAGCGGACCGUUGAAAAUAUUAAAGAUCCAUUGUAUCGGUACUUUGAACGUGAGGUUACUUCGGGCGCUAAGCUAUUGAUCACGGUCAUUAGCGAUAUGCAAGACGUGGUUUUGAUUUGCCAAGGCGAAAAGAAACAGACCAAUCAUCAUCGUACUAUGCUGUCGGAGCUGGUUAAGGGCAUCAUUCCAAGUGGAUGGCGAAAAUAUACCGUACCAGCAGGAUGCACCGUCAUUCAAUGGGUCACCGAUUUCAGCAAUCGUAUCAAGCAAUUGCAAAAGGUGUCGGAAUUGGUAUCACAAGCUGGUGCCAAGGAAUUACAAGGUUUCCCAGUUUGGUUGGGUGGUCUGUUGAAUCCAGAAGCCUACAUCACAGCAACACGUCAAUGUGUUGCUCAAGCCAAUAGUUGGUCACUUGAAGAGCUUGCUCUCGAUGUAACCAUCACCGAAGGUGGCAGCGGUGGCAACCAGAAAGACAGCUGCUUCGGUGUCACUGGACUGAAAUUACAAGGAGCCACGUGCAAAACCAAUCAAUUGCUAUUGAACACAGCUAUUAUGACCGAUUUGCCGUUGACACUUCUGAAAUGGGUCAAGGUUGGUUCAUCGGAACAUCGCACUGGUAAAUUGAAUUUGCCGGUCUACUUGAACUCAACACGAGCCGAGCUUCUAUUCACCGUCGAUUUGGCUGUUGCUUCCGGACAAAGUCCACACAGCUUUUACGAGCGUGGUGUCGCUGUGCUUACUUCAACAGCAUUAAACUAAUUUCAUUAAUUGCAUUAAAAUAACCAAUUGAAAAAUAUAAAGAAAAUAAAUUGAAAAAAGCUUGAAAAAUACGAAAAAGUAAAAAAAAAAAAACUUGAAAAAUUGGAAAAAUUGAAGAAAAAAAAAUCGAAUCUAACCAAUUUUAGUAAAAUUUUGCACGCAUAAAUUGAUAGCUACAUCUACAUGAUUAUAAUCAACUAUUAUAUUAAAUAAUUCAAUCAAAUCAAUCAGAUUGAUUCAAUCUUAUUUAUUGCUUGAAUAAAAAAAACACAAAAUAUAAUCAAAUUUAUUAUGAAA